AUGUUCAUGAAGAUACUGUCCGGAGAGACAAAACCGAAGCAAAUAUCCACCUGUAUAACUUGGCACUCACGAAUACCAGUCAUGGACUUUGUUGGGAAAUGGUGGGACUCCUACCGUCUUGAAAAUGUCGAGUUUCGGGUCAGAAAUCUUGUACAAUCCGCAUCAAAUUACAUUCAGAACAACGAUAAUAUGACAGGCGUAUAUGCUGCAACGACGGCUUUGGGCGCCCUGGUGUUUCUGCUGGUGCUAAGACCCCUGAACAGAAGAUUUAAAGACGAUAAAAACAACAGGAGCAACUCAAAGAAGAACAAAAAUCAGAAAAAGAAAAAGACCCCAGGUCGCAUUUCCAAACGGACCGAAAAACCUGCUAGUUUGGAAGAUCAGAUAGAAAAUGUGCAUCAAAGGUUCUUGUCCGAAUACAAACAAGGUGUGGACGCUUUGAUCCAAGAUUUCGAUCCUUCGUCUGAAAAAUUGCAAUAUCAGCGCAACUACUACAACGAAAUGCUUUUGAAGCUGGUCAUCGAACUCGACGGCGUCGAUUUGGUUGAUCUAGAAGGCGACCGAAAAACUGUUCUUAAGGACAGACGCAAACAGGUUAUAAAAGAGAUACAAACAGACCUCAAAAGGCUAGACUCUCUCAAAAAACAGGGUCGCUGA